AUGGACCGAGGACACCCGCGAAGGACCACUAACAUAAAGGACCGAACAAGGAUCGUGUGGCUGUGGGAGACCGGCAUGUCCGCCCGCGACAUCGCCAAGUACACGGGCUCCAGCGUCACCACCGUCUACCGCUGGAUCCGGAGGUGGCGGGAGGAGAGGAACCUCAAGACGAGGCCUUUCCAAGAGACGAUGAGAGCGGCAUGGCUGAGUGUCCUGUUGGUCCUUCUGAGAAAUGGCGAAGCUUUUAAAGAACUUCUUCCAUCUUCGGCUGACCGGGGCGUGUACGAGGCGGGGGCGGAGGCGCUGAGCUCCGUCCUGGACGAAGCACCUGGACGACACUGCUCUCUCAUUUUCCUCACCGACCGCAGCACGCCCACCUUGGAUGUCUUUAGGAAGCGCCUGGAUCGCCACGCCCCCUUUGGUGUGGGCGUGUUUGAGACGGAAGUGGGCGGAGACAGAGGGAAUGGCACCGACAGCUCCCUUGCUCAGGCGGUUGGCGAGGCGCGGAAGCUACGGAAGUCAUCAUGGUGUGUCAGCGUGAUAGUCCUGAGUGAAGAUUCUACCUUCCUGAGGGCCUUCGCCGAGUCGUCGCUUCGGGGCCGCCUUCUGGAAUGGGCCACGAGGCUCCUGGUCGUCACUCGCCUGCCCCUUCAGGAACUCCACCAGCUUCUGAAGAACUAUUGGACCUUCUCCAUGAUGAACACGAUGGUCAUUCUUGUAGGAGGAGCACCUACGGGGCCAUGUUUCUAUGGCGCCACGAUGAAUGUCACCGCCAAAGACUACAAGCCGUACUGGUUCGAGCUCAAGGAGGAGGCGGCUGACGGUUCCAAGAAAAUCACCGGGAUGGACUACUUGCUCCUCGAGACGGUCGCCAAAGCACUGAACUUUUCCAUUAAGGUUCUGCCCAUCGCUAACUGGGCUGAGGCACUGGAUCGGGUGGUGUCCAAGGAAUCAUUCAUAACACCGGUCAUCCACGCAGUCCUACGGCAGAGGCUGAAGCGCUUCGAGUAUACUAUUCCCUACACUUACGCCUCGUACUCUCUUAGCAUGAAAAUGCCUGGACUCACUCCUCAGUGGCAGAGUCUCUACUACCCUCUAGCGGGCACUGUGUGGCUGUCCGUUGUCGUGAUUACGGGCCUGAUGAUUGUGGUCAUGUAUGUGAUGAACAGGGCGGGCGACUUCAGCAGCCCCCCGCGGCGGCUCGAGCCAGGGACCGUGGCGCUGGAGGUGGUCGGGACGCUCUUCUCCCAGAACCUCUUCAAGACGCUCCCGACCACCGACCCGAGCCGCGUCCUGGUCGUCUUCUGGCUGAUCUUCGCCUUCGUCGUCGGAACGGCUUAUCGCGGAAACCUCACCGCCGCCCUCACGCUGCCCAAGUACCCGUCGAAGCCAGAGACGCUGAAGGAGGUGGUGGAGGUCGUGCACAAAGUCACAAUCGAGCCGUGGGGGAAGGAUUACAAGACAUAUUUCAAGGAGUCUGGCACUGAAGUCUUCAUGAAACUCGCUGACAUGAUGGAACUUGGACCUGCUCUUCUUGACGGUCUCCAGGAAGCCACAGAAGAUACUACAGCGCACAUGGACUCGCGAGCUGUACUAGAGCUGAACAUCGCCGAGAGCUUCACCCGCCGCGAUGGGACGUCCGAGCUCUACGUGGUGCGGGAGAGCGCCAUCCCCGGCAUGGCAGCGUGGCCCAUCCCUCAUGACUCCCCCUUCAAGAAGAACCUCGACUUCUGCAUAAGAGCUUCCCUCGAGGCCGGCCUGUACGAGAAGUGGGAGAGCGACAUGCUGGAGAUGGCGCGGCGCGAGAGUCGCGAGCGGCAGCGCAGGCAGCAGAGGGAGCAGCCGCAGGACGAGGAGGAGGAGGCCGAGGGAUCCGGCGGCGGCAUCCAGGCGCUCACCCUCGUGCACAUGCAGGGGCCUCUCAUGCUCCUGCUCCUCGGGCUUUUGCUGGGGGCGCUCGCCUUCCUACUGGAGAUGCUGACGUCUUCAGAGGGGCGUGAGAGGAAUAACGCCGACUUGUGA